AUGCAUUCUCUCAAUUUGAUUACGGCAACGGCAUUGCUGUUUGUAAUGGUAAAUGGUCAGCUGCCAUUCUAUUCUAACUCCACUAAAACGGAGCUAUCAUCAUCAAAUAUAUUAUUCAGUUCAAAUCUCGGGUUAACUUAUACUGAGCCAGCUACAUCUGUUAUAUUAUCAGAUUCAUAUUCCCAACUUAUUGAAACAUCUGUCUUAUCUGUCUUAUCUGGCCUUUCUUCAAAGGUACCAACAACUAUAAUUUCAAGUGCUGAAAGCUCAACAGUAAUGACUCCACCUUUAGAUUUAUCUCUUACAGUCCAAGCAGAUGGGAUUUCUUCAGAAGAGUUUGCUUCAAUUGCACAUUCUACUCAAUCAUUACCACCUGUGAGUAUGUCUCCAUCAACAUUUUAUCCAUAUGAAUCUGCCCCUACUUCUGAUGCUGGCUCAUCAGACAGUUUCCCUUUAAUUAGUACCAUCGGUUCUUCAUUUAGUAUUACUACAGAACCAACCAGUGUGCUGAUCUCAUCAUCAAAUGUUACAACAAUCACAACUGCUUUACCAACAACUUUUACAAGUUCGUUGGAGAAUGGUGACGUCACUACUGUUACAACAUAUGUUUAUUCGACAUUUACUGAAACUACGUGCCCAACAUGUACUCAUGGCCAUUUGGAAUCAACAUCGUUUUUCUCGUCUUCGUCAUCCACAAUUGACUUGUCCACUUCUGACUUCAUAAUCCCUAAUUUAACGGAACCAACCUACGAAACAGGUAAAUGGGACUUGACAUCAUCAAGCGACUUCAUACCUUCUCCUACCGACAACCAUAUUGUAAGCCAAACAAAUGUGUCCCUACAUAUUACUACGCAAUCUAUCUCUCCUUCAAUUUCUACCUUAACGAGUUCCAAACAAACAUCUACAGUUCAAAAUUUACCAAGUAGUAUUGCAGGUAUCCAUUCAACACUUGCUAAUUCAUUUAAUAUAACUUCUCCUCCUGAUUCAACCGCAAUCUCCAGCAUCAAUAAUAUAAUAAGUAGCGUUCCAGUUACUUUAUAUCAACCAUCUUCAGUCGUUUCCAUAUCAAAUCAAUUAACAUAUACUACAACUGAACCUAACCUUUUAUUUUCGAGUGGAACUGCAACAAGACCAAUUCUAAACAAUACAGAUACAGUAUUAAACACAUCUUCUGAUUUGGUACCAGCAAGUAUAUUAAGUACGUCAAAUGAUACCUCAUCAACUAUAAUUCCUAAUACUAUAAUUGAGCAACCAAGUGUAUCCUCCACAAUCCGUAUGACGGUGACUCCUUUGGUUAACACAUCAGUCUCUUUGUCAGCCUUAACUAGUAUAGAAGUAUUGUCAUCAACACAGUUAUCAAAUAAUACGAUAUCAUUUAGUGAUAGCACGUACAAAGAAACCUCAACCACUGUGUAUUCUUCGGUUAUCGAUAAUGCCUCUUCUACUUUCUCGGAAUUUAUUACACGUAACUUAACCAAUCUUUCCACUUCCACAGUGACUCCUGAAUUGACCACAAUAACCACUACGACUGAUUCGAUUACCUCAUCUUAUAUCGCUAAGAAAUCAACGGUAACUACUGUCAUUAAUGAUAUCAUUACCAUUUAUACAACAUGGUGUCCAUUAACUUUAUCAAGUCAGGCCAUUACCUUCUCUGAUUCUUCUUCCAUGAAAGAAAAAAUUUCUACUUCAACUAUACCAGCUUUACUGUCAUCAAUUCCUUCAUCCAAUAGCAUGAUAAAUAAUGCAACAUCAAUGGAACCACCCACUUCAAGUAUUCCUAGUGUAUAUCCGGUCUCUACUUUUCAAUCAAGCGCAUAUACCCCUACCAUCUCAACAAUCAUUUCUAAAUAUUCAAAUACCAAUACUUCGUACAUUGCUAAAUUAUCCACAGUCACUACUACAGUUAAAGGUGUUGUUACUGAAUAUACAACUUGGUGCCCUCUAGAAGACCAAUCUAAAAGUACAACUACAUAUAGUAAGGGGAUAGAACCAACUGUCCCAGUAUUAUUAACUACAACGGAUACCAUCUCAGAUAAUACUACGAGCUCAAUACAAAUCGUCUUUUCUACUUCAACUACGUCGCACACUCAAACAUCAAAUAGUGAAUCACACCCUACUCUAACUAUCAGCUCCACAAGAAGAAGUGGUUAUACCGCAUUGGAAAGUAAAGCAACUUCUUCAUCACUAGCUUUGGGAAAUACCGACUCGAAUUAUCCACCACUCACCACCAGUGGAAGUAGAACCAUUUUCAAAACGACGACAUUGACUUCAUCUUCGGAUUUGUUAAGCCCACUAAGGUCAAUGUUCACUACUAAGCCUUCAUCCUCAUUAUUCGAAUCUGCAUAUUCAGUAUCUACCAUAUCCACUCACCAUGACAUCCUUCCAUCCAUUACUGCCACUUCACCAAUUGUCAACACUACAGUCAGGCCAACUACAGUUGUCAAUGAACUCGGAUUUUCAACAGUAGAAUUCCGUACAGUAGUACGCUCCAUCUGUACCACUACAGUUCAUGGUGUUGUUACUGAGUUUGUCACCUGGUGCCCAUUGACUUCCUAUGAAUUGGUUUCAAUUACUAUCCAUGUUCCCAAAACAGUUACUAUAACUACCGAAGUUUGUUCAAAUCAUAUGUGUUCAAAGACAACUAUCAUCACGACAGAAACGAUCAUACCAUCAACAGCUUCAUCUACUAAUCAGAUAUCUACGGCCAUGACAAGUACGCCAGCAUACCCAUCAACCUUGAAGAGUGUUUUCACCUCUUAUUCCGUGGCCGAACCCUGCUCAGGAGAACACUGUACAAAUCCAUCAACAGAAUUAUUAUCUACUUUCACAUCUACUACAAACAUAUUAGUAAGCUCUACUACGAAGUUGAUGUCAAGAUCCCUAUCAACAACGUCUUUAAGUUCGAUUUUCGAGUCUGUACCGACAACAGAGCCAUUACCAUCCUCUGAAUUCACCAGUACUUCAACUUCUAUCUCAUCCUCAAAUCUGCAGAAUUCUGAAUCUAUUUUUACACAUCAAUCUACUCAUAGAUCUGCAUCUGGAACUGGGCCUUUUUCUGUAUACUCUACAUCAACUCAACUAACUCAAUCUUAUAGUAUAUCGGCAACACUCCCUUCAUUGAGAAUACCGUCAAGAUCACCAUCCAGUGGUAACACAGUUCACCAUAUCAGCGGAACAAGCUCAUCUUCUCAUGUCGGUUCUAAUACAACCCCAUCAUCUGUUAAUGGUAAAACUUCACAAACAAGCUAUUCAUCAUGGUUUUCUCUUUCUACCGUUACCACAGUCAAAUCGGGCGUUACCACAAUGUACACUACUUGGUGUCCAAGAACAAGCAAAUCCACUACCUCUACGACUUCUACUACAUCCACUUCAUCUACUACUGGUACUACCUCUACUACCUCUACCACAUCUACUGUGUCAACUACCUCCACCACUUCAACAACUACUCAUUCUAUCUCGACUACAGUGGCCACACAUACCACGCCUACUGUGGAUACUAGUUUACCUAUUUCUAACAUAUAUACUACGCCUAGUACCACUACCAUCCACACCACUUCUACCAAAGCAACUACUUUAACCAUUGAUACUACUCCCAUGAUCCAUAUUAGUUCAGCUAUUUCUACCACUCAUACUAGUUCAAUUACUCCUAGAACCCGUAGCAGCGUUACUACUUCCACAAGUUCUACAAGACGUACUCCAUCUAUCAUUUCAACCACUCCUACAACGUCAGUCACCUUCACUCUUCGAAGCACUUCUAGCACUUCUCCAAAGCAAAAUACCGUACCAUCAAGUAGUCCAGCAUGUUUUGGGGGAGAUUGUAGCACUUCAAGAACACCAAUAACCGUUACAAAAUCCUCGUUUACUGAUUCUUGUUCUGAUAAUACGUGUCAAUCAGCCACUUCCUCUCAACCAAACACUACACCUGUCAAACCAUGUUCAGAUUCCCAAUGUUCAUCGAAAGUUGAAACCUCAUCAGCCUCUACUUCAUCGGCAAUUUUUACCAUUUCCACAGUUACCACUGUCAGGUCUGGAAUUACUACUAUAUAUACUACAUGGUGUCCAAGAACUGGUAAGAGUAGUACAUUAUGCAUUGGCCAUAAUUGUUCUCCAACACCAUCUUCAAGUUUUGAAAGCUCAAUGACAACUAGUAUUUCUUUUUCAACUCUAGUAUCAAUACCUGCUCUUAUAACCACUACAAGCCCUUCGGUACCUCAAUAUAUCAGUUCUACCUCAACUAUCUCAAGUGAUCGUACCAGCUCUACUAUAUGUUCGGGAUCCAAUUGUCCUGUUUCUUCCAUUCGAACACACACAACUCCAACAUCUACUACUAUUCCAGUAUUCACUACUUGCGAAGGAGAUACAUGCUCAACCGAUUUGAUUAGCAGUUCUAAUGUUUGUACUGGAGGUAAAUGCAAGUCCACUGUCAAUCCUGCAUCAUCAACAGCUAACUCCGACACAAGAAUAACUUCAACUGUGGUAUGCACCAAGUCUAAGUGUCAAACAAAAUUAGUAUCAUCAUCUACGACAUCUUCUAUUACCUUCUGUACUGGAAAUGAUUGUACUGAGUCAACUUCCAUCUCUUCCUCAACACUAUCUUCAUCAUUAUCUAGUCAAUUUACAAUUUUGACAUCUAUUUUCACACCAAAACCAGUGACCAGCAAAUCAUUAGUUACUAGUUCUUCUCGUAGCACUAUUCCAGUUACCACCAUGGUUCCAAUGACAAGAAUAUCAACGAAUUCACAAAAUCAAAAAGUAACCAUUACUAGUUCCAGUUCCAGUGUCUUAAAUUCAAUAACCACUAUAUUAGUUAGUACGGAAGUGCCCAUUAUAUCAACUCCAGAUAUAACCACUAUAAUCUAUACACAACCAUGCUCCAAUGGUGCUCUAUCUUUACCAUCUGCAACAACUAUAGCGACAUCUGUUAAGAAUCAACCUUCAAGUACAUGGAUUCAAACACCGGUAGUGACUACCUAUGCAGGAUCUGGAUCGAAGAUAACAAUAAGUUAUGGAUUAAUUGGUUUCAUAAUAAUGUUAUUUCUAUAA